CCAGGCUCCACAGGCCUGGCAGCAGAUGAAUCCUCAGCAGUGUGGGAAGCACUGUAACAGCUCCAAAACAGGGCACUGUAGCUCCUCAGGGCAGGACAGUCAGGAAGGGCUUCUUAGAGGAAGUGACACGGGUCUGGAGCUGGAAGGAUGAACAUGAGUUCCCCCCCAUGGCAGAGAAGAGGAGGGGAGCUUGACGCUAAAGGUGCUGCUUGUGUCAAGAGACCAAGAGGCGAGGUACUUGCUGGUUUGGGGGGGUUGAGCCGAGGCCACUGGCUCCAGUGGGCAUUCUGGCGUCAGCAUGGAGGAGACUGGAGAGUGACAGGCUAAAGAUGGGAACAGACACCAGGCAAGAUGCUGUGGUAGAGGUCCAGGCAGGAUCCUGUGGUGUAUCUGGUUAAAAGGCAGGUUUGGUCCAGUAGAUCUGGGGCAAGAGUGUUUCUAACCAGCUCUCAGGUGACAUCGCUGCUACUGGUCCAAGACGAUUCUUUGAGUGGUGAGGCUCAGACCUCUGGCGUUCUCCUCUUUGUUGGCUGUAGUCUGCUGGUUUCCCAGUCUACAGUGCAGGAUCUUCCUGCUCAUCUCCCCUACUCUGCCUGUCCAUGACACCACCUCACCCACCCCCUACAAGUUGGCUUCCAGAAAGAAUGAGGCUGUGUGAUUUCGCCUCUGGUCCCAGCAGGCCUACUGUGGGCUGAGGCUUCUGCAGGACAGAAUGCCCCGCCCAAGCUCAGGGUCUGGGUUCUGUGCGGUGUGGCACAAAGGGGACUGGGCCUCCAUGUUGUAUCAGACCUGCUCACAGAGCCGUGGAACAGGGGGCUCAGGGUCGGGGAUUGGCUUGAUGCCUUUGAAAUAAUGCUCUGUGUUUUCCAGGGACAGAGAGACUCGCAGAUGGCCCCACUACCAGGGGCAGAGCUGGUCCAGAGGCCGCUGCAGCUCUACCGAUAUCUGCUGCGCUGUUGCCAGCAGCUGCCAACCAAGGGCAUCCAGGAGCAUUACAAACAUGCUGUCAGGCAGAGUUUCCGGGUUCAUUCAGAUGAAGACAAUCCUGAGAGAAUCCAGCAGAUUAUUAAAAGAGCCAUUGAAGAUGCAGACUGGAUCAUGAACAAAUAUAAAAAACAAAACUGAGACACUGGGGCCUAGAGAAUGAAGCUGUCCUGAAGACAUUGAAGUGCAGAGACCUUGCUUCUCCUGGAACUCAGCAGCAGCAGCUGCUUUGGAAUAUCCAUUGGCCUCGUUGGCUGAAAUCAGGGGUAGGAGAAACUGACGUCAGUUCAGCCAGCUCUUCUUGCCACGUGUGUGUUCCCAGCAUCCUUUAUGUUCGCUUUCCUGGCCGUUGCCAUGGGAGGUUUGGGGAAGAAUACAUUUUGUCACUUUGUUCUGAAGGUGCCACAUGUAUUCUGGAUGUUGUCCUUGGAGACCCAGAGUGGGCAUCCCCUCCGGCUGUCCAGAGAGGACAGGGCAUGGGUUUUUGAACCAGUCAGGUCUGGAUUUGAAUCUCAGUUCUGCAGCUUUUCAAGGGUCUUGUCUUUGAGCUCAGCGUCCUCCCGUGUGAAGAUUAAGUAUGAGGAAGUUGAAGAGCUUCAUGCAGGGCAGGGUACAUGGGGGUGCAAGUAAAUGUCCCCUCCCUGAGGAGGCUAUCCUCUACCGCUCCUUCCUCCCUGCCCACAGUGCUCCGCAUGUCUCUCUGGCGCACUCCUCGUCGGGCCCAGGUAGUGUGCGGGCCCGUCCCAUCUUGCUUGUUGUCCCUGAACCCUCAUGGCUCCACCAUGCCCAGCACUCCACCAAGCAGCCGUUCCUCCAGGCGCUGUCCUUCCAUGAAGUCCUGGUCCAUGCCUUCAGGGAGUCUUUAGUGUCCCUGAAGUGGUGAAACACGGGCCGCAUGGAACAAGGAAGAAGGGCAGAGCAGCUCCAGAGGACGCCCAAGUGUGCAGGCUUCUGUGAACCUGUGAUCUGGCAUGCUGGCUCUUCCCUGCUUUGCCACCAUCUUGGAAGGAAGGGUGGAGGCAGAGAGGCAAGGAGGGAGGUGGGGAGCAAGCAUUCUUGUGGGGUAUGGUGACCCUGAUACCUGUGGAGAAACAGGCUGGGUCACAUCCCAACUCCAUACAGUUUGUUCUUGGGGCAACUUACCUGGCUUGCUUCAGCCUUGGUUUCCCCAUCUCCAGUGCAGUGAUGCCUCCGCCCACCUGCCAGGGCUGCAGUGAGGAGCACUGAGCUCUAACGCAGGCCAGGCCCUUCUUGCAGAAGCCAGCUCAGGGAGCCCGCUGCACUGCCGUGGCCGGGUACCACGGUUAGGGAGACCUCCUUUGCCGAUGGGCAGGUGGAAGCACGGACGGGUUGAACUCCAUUUCAAGGUCACCAGGCUACUAAGCAAGUUCUGUCUGAAUCUACCAAACCCUACAGAUUUGGGAGGGAAGAGGGGGUAGCAAAGGGAGGGAAAGCAUCCAGGAAGGACUGGUGACUGGGCAGAGCAGGAGGAGCAGCUGAAAGUGGAGAAGCCACACUGGACUUGAGUAUCCCCAAGGACUUUCAGCCAGAGGGAUGAGCCAACACGUUCAUGAUCCCGCAAUGAAUUAUAGGACUUAAAGUGACUCAGGGACAUCUGUAUGCACUUGACUGAUCAGUAAAUAAUGAAGUAAAUAUAUCGAUUUCUGAAA